AUGACUGGCUCUGAGCAUCUCAACGUCUUCAAGGGACCCAACUCAGUCCGUGACUAUUUCGACCCCGAGCUCUCACCUCCUCUUCCUCUCGUCGAGAUCCCUGACUGUCUCAACCCCUACCGUGAUGAUGGCGUGCGCAUCUAUGCCAAGAUGAUGUCUAUGCAUCCGGCCACCAACGUCAAGGUGAUGCCAGCUAUGAACUUGCUUGAGAAAGGUGUCGAGCCCGGCAAGACAAAGACCAUCGUGGAGAGCAGCUCAGGCUCAACCGUCAUCUCCAUGGCCAUGGUUGCCCGAGCCUUCCACGGCAUCAACGAUGUCCAUGCCUACCUCAGCAACAAGACAAGUGAGACGAAGCUGCGUAUGAUGCAGUUCUUUGGUCUCAAUGUCACCCUCUUUGGCGGUCCUGCUCAGCCAACUCCCAUCGAUGAGCGAGGUGGUAUCCGGGCUGCUGCUCGUAAGGAUGCCGAGUCAGAGUCAGUGUGCAGCCCAAACCAAUAUGUCAACGACGACAACUGGAAGGCCCAUGUGCGAUGGACUGGCCCUCAGAUCCACCGUCAGCUUCCAGAGAUCAACGUGAUUGUGGCAUCCAUGGGAACUGCUGGAACCAUGACUGGCCUUGGCACCUAUUUCAAGCAGGCGAAGCCUUCCGUGUACAGAAUUGCUGUCUGCACGAAUGCUGGAGAGCGAGUGCCUGGCCCAAGAGAGUACUCCCUGAUGGGUGAGGUCGAGUUCCCGUACCUUGCUGCCCAUGAUGCGCUUGAGGAAGUUGGCGCCACAGACUCCUACUCCUUGUCCCUGGAUCUCACCCGACAGGGAAUUGUUUGUGGUCCAUCAUCAGGCUUCACCUUGAAGGGCCUGUUUCAGAGGAUCGAGAAGUUCAAGCAGGAAGGAAGGUUGUCGCAGCUGGCGGGCCCAGAUGGAGAAAUCCACUGCGUCUUCAUGUGCUCUGACCUUCCUUUCCAGUACUUGAGCGAGUACUUUGAGAAGCUUGGUCCCGAGAAGUUCAGCCCCAUCCGCAACCAGCGCCUGAGAAAUAUUGACCUCUACCGAUACGACGAUGCCUGGGAGCUCAACGCUCUAGCCGCCUUGUCCAGCUACUUCACUAUUCACCCUCUGGGUACUCACGACACUGUCCUCUCAUUGGCUGCCCAGAUCGACAAGGCCCUCACCCCAUUGGCCAACACACAAAUUCUCGACUUCCGACGCUCCUCCGAUUAUGACGCCUUCCACCUACCCAACUCUGUCAACAUCCCCCUCGAGACAUUGCGAGAUGGUCCAUCUUGCGGUAGUCCAUUUGCCAAUCCUGCAGAUGACUGUGCCAUGCUCGAGGAGUUGUGGCUUGAGCUUGAGGCUCUGUUCACCGUCAAGGACAAGAGUGGCAGCCGUAACGCCAGCGCCGAGGCUUUGAUGGCCAUCCUCCGUGGCAAGAAGGUGCUGACUCUGUGCUAUGAUGGUGAUAGUGCCAGAGUCGCCAACAGUGUCCUUCGGGCCAAGGGCGUUGAGGCGGAGAGUAUCCGCGGCGGAUACGGUGCCCUUGCUGAGCUGCAUAUGCCCUGCAAUGACACAUGCAAGGUCGCUCCUCUGCCGAUGUCGGUCGAGGUUUAA